CGCGACAUGCAAAUGAGUAGACUAUUCAUAGACGGUCUAUUUAUUUAACCUACUUACAUAUCCGGCGUAUAUUCUAUGUCUGCAUUGUACAUGCUUACUACAGUAUAGAAGUAUCUGCUGCGAGAAAAAUAUCUCCCAACAUCGCUCUAUCGAGUACUCCCGUUGCCAUGGCUACCAUCAUUGAGAGCCGUGGGGACCGUUCUUGGGUGUAUGAGGGGACAAAUAACCAAAGCAAGAAGGGCCCCACAGGAACCACCAAAGAUACUCGUGCACCUAUUCGUGUGCACGCGACUGGUGAUGCUCGGACAGCCUUGGACUUCUUAAAGAGUGCGUUUUUGCCUAUCGGAUACCCGGACAGUGUGAGCGACGACUACCUGGAAUACCAGAUAUGGGAUACCGGUCAAGCCUUUUGCAGCUCUAUAAACAAUAUACUGAGCCAUCAUGCGCUAUUGCAAGGGUAUGGCGUGGGCGAUGCGAAGGCCACCGCCUCUGCUGCAAUGAUCACCUGGAUGCUGAGGGACGGUCUAUCCAUGAUGGGAAGGAUUCUCUUUGCCUACUCGUACGCCUCUACGCUUGAUGCCGACUCCAAGUACUGGCGCUUAGUUGCGGAUGUGCUGAAUGAUCUGGCUAUUUGCAUUGAAAUAGCUGCACCCGCUGUGGGAGUGGCCACCAUGUCACUCGCCGGUGGAGUGGAUGGAGAUGGUGAUAAGGAUGCAUUCUGGGCUGUCGACGGGUUUGUGGUGUGUGCAUGCGUAGGCUCUCUCAUGAAAGCUAUAGUAGGAGUGGCAGGCGGAGCUACUCGUGCGGCCCUCACACAGCACCAGGCUCUUACUAACAAUGCCGCUGAUGUGGCGGCAAAGGACGGUAGUCAGGAGCAGAUGGUGCAGCUAGUAGCCCUGGUCUUUGGAAUGCUGCUGACACAGUACACAGACACACACCCCUACAUCAUCUGGCCGUCGUUUGCACUGCUCACAGUGGUGCAUUUGUUGUGCAACUACAAGGCGGUCACAUGCUUGGUCUACACGAGUCUAAACAGCGAGAGAGCGAAGAUAGUCCUAAACAAUUACCUCCAGCAUGGGCGAGUUAUAACACCCAAGCAAGUGGCCGAUAUUGAGCCUUUAAUUCCGUCAGGGUCUGUCUGUAUGCGAUUUGAUAUCAAAUUAGGAUGUAGCGUCGAUCGCCUCCUAUCCUGUGACAGCAAUCGAUGCACAGACACUCGUGACAAGAAUAACACCUCGCCUGAGCGAGCCCUGAAGUGGAACACUCAGUACGGCUACAGUAUUGGUUUCUCAUACGAUGGCUCUAGUGCAGGUGGAACCAUCGCGGUCGGCUUGGAGAAGGGUAUAGUGUCUCAAACACUAACGCGAGCGUUUCUGCAUGCGUGCUUGCUAGCUUUGUGGUUUAGUGCCCCGGACGCAAGAGAGAGAGAAGGCGAAAGCAGCUUCGAGCAGAAAUUCUUAAAGAUAUUGAAGGUCACAUCGGCACACGAAGGUACUAAGCGGAACGCUUACGAUGCGACUAUGUAG